AUUUUUUGCUGUUGGGCAAGACGCUCCCACAACAAACUGGCACACGUGGCGGCCCGUACAACACGAGACACGCACGCAAGCAAGCAAGCACCAUGGCAAGGCCUAAGAAGAAGAAAAUCGGCAAGUGCGAAGCCGAUGGCCGGGCGGUUCCGAAGAAACCGAAGCCGGCGCAGCAACAUGAUCUUCCGUCACGUGGCGCUGGUGAUGCGCUCUCCGACGGCCACGACAGCGCCGAUUUGAUGGACGUGGAUCAGGAAGAAGGCAAGGCGGCGGCAGACGAGGAUGGUAACGACGAGGACUGGUGCGAUGAGGAUACCAGCGGCGCACACAGCAAUGGUAGAGGUCAGUCAAUCCUGAGUUUUGCGAAGUGGUCGGUGGCGUCUGCAGGUCGCGAUGCAGGAAGUGCGGCGAAAAAAAAUCCGAUGCGUGUGCUGUCGAGAAGUCAGCAAUUUCGCAACAGAAAAAAACUUGUCCAGCAACAAGCAGUAGGCUUGGCACGAGCUAUGGGAGUGUUCAUCCGGAAGUCGCAGCAGCAGCAGCAGCAGCAGCAGGAAGAGGAGGAGAGCUCCUCUGCUAGUGGUGAGGUUGGCCCAGCAGAGAAGUCAGCGGCGGUUUUAGAGGUUGAGUCGCACACAAGCUCUCCCGGCGGCGGCGGCGUUUUGGAGUUGCGCCGCAGCAGCAACGGCAGCAUCGGCAACAUGUCGAUAGCUUCGGGCCAUGGGCUUAGCAUAGAUGAGUGGUGUAGUCGUGGAGGCCACGGGGGGGGGAGGGACACAAGCGGAAAAGGACGCCACCACGGCGAAGGCAUUGGCGGCUUCACAGGAAUGCCGAACCUUCUCCACGAGGAAGGCGAAAAGGGCAUUCAAGAAGUGGACGAGGAAGCGCGCCAUCGCGCAGGGAGGAGAGGAGAAGGAGGCCGACAACACCGUGAUGUGUGUGUCUUUACGUGCGUAAACCAGAUCUUUAUUUUUUUUUAG